UUUUGGGCUUCGGUUCGUCCGUGCAGGCGAGAAUCCCCAUCGCUCCCGGCGAUCGCCCAUCCACAUUGCCCUCUCGUGCCUCUGUGCCCUCUUGCAUCACCCAGCUUAUGCUGCACAUAUGCUGCGAGGCUCUAUCCUCUCGCCCAAUCCUCCAUCAUCCCACAGACUCUGUCCUUCUGUCAGUGGUCCGCGUGAACAGCGGACACAAGACUCCUCUAGGCUCUAGCAGAGCACUCGAUUCUCUUCCCCAAAACCUGGGGCACAUCUUGCUGCGGCUUCAACCUUAAUUCCUGUCGCUCGACCUUGCCCACCGAUGCAGAUUCGAUCCACAGACACCCUGCCAGGUUGCGGAAAGAGUACCAGUAACAGAACCCCCCCAGUGAGCCAGUCCUCGUACGAGUAACUUGGUACCUCCGUGCGCCGUACGGGCUCCUUCUGCCUGCUCUGCUCGCCUGCUCUGGGCGCACACCCCAAGACUACCCACGACAACCUUACCAAGACGAAAAUCCAGAUUCGUCCACGCCACGCGCCUCUUCAUCAUCAUCAUCAUCAUCACCAUCAUCAACAACAUCCUCAUCAUAAUCGUCGGCAUCAUCACCGUCCGUGAGAUUUCCCAUCAGCAGCAUCAUCAUCUCUGAUACCUCAUUCACUUACUUAUUGGCGGCCAUUAUUGUCGUCUGCAUCACCACCUCUAGAUUAGUUGGCUGCUUUUGUCGCCACACCACCUGCGCACAAAUCGCAGGUCAGCGAUCGGGUCGCUCAUCAGCCGCUAAACGCCCUCGGCAAACCUGGAAGCAAAGCCCUCGUACCCUCGUCAUUCUGCAGCCAGCACGGACCCAUUAUUGACGGAGGGCCCAGCGAGACACGAGCGAGUUGCAGAAACAGACCUUGACUUGCAUCUGCAAGCCCCAAAGGCGCCAUCUCCCGCUCUUACGCUCUCACACACUCCCGCAAGCUUUCUCGCUCCUGCACCUGCGACCUGCACCAGAACCGGCCGUACCCAGUCCGCAACCCGAUCCAACGAGCGUCUUUUUUGCCUUGAACACCCCCCAAGCUGCCAUCUGCAACCCUCAGCCCGUCUACCUCCACCAUCUCACUCCCUCCCGCCGCCUACGACUGGUCCAGCAUCACCCUCGUCAUUUUUGGCCCAUUGCUGCAGGCCGACACGCUUUCGCCAUUGUCGCUGUCGCACCUCAAUACUCCUGUCGUCGCACGUACUCCUCACAGGCGAGGAACUUAUCAGACGCAGGCACCCUCUGGAGAUCUUUGGGUCACCCAGCUAGCUCUGUGCUGCCUGGCAGCUUGUUGGCGUGCUGAUGCGAAGCCUGCGCAUCGCGGCCACCACCACCACCACCAUUUUCUCUCCUUCCUUUCGGACGUGAAAUGUCCAUCUAUCCACCUACUCGCCAGCCGACAAAUGCUUUGAAUGGUAUCGGCGUCAUGAGCGAUGGUUCAGGCACCAUUAAUCCUGCAGCUCUGAACACUAGUGGAGGACAAUUGCAGUCAUCCACCGAAUCCGGUCCGCGCGGCAUCAAGAGAAGUCGAUCCCCCGAACAAUAUGGCGACUAUCCACAGGCCGACGAAGACGCGCCGCGCAAACGUGGCCGGCCCUCAAAAACGCCGAGGACAUCUGGAGAUUUCACUUCCAAUAUCGAUUCACUGCCCACGCCCUCCAGCCAGACGUCACCAGAACUGACCCAAACCCCGAGAACCCAAGGUAUCCAGCAUCCUGGCGCGACGCCUCUACAAGCCUCACCGCCGCGAUCCAUACCCAAGUCUACCGUCAAAGCCUUGCCGACCGUGAGAGACCACACGAGUGACGUUUUACAACCCGAGGGAGAUGAAUAUGUGCCGCGCGAGUACGACGAGGCCGGCGAGAAAAAGGUGGAUCCAUUGGGUUAUCUUCAAGGUGGUCGAGAGUACAAGAUCCGGACGUUUACUCUACCUGGCAGAGGGCAGAAGUUGUUCAUGCUGGCUACGGAAUGCGCGCGACAGCUUCAGUAUAGAGACUCUUAUCUGUUGUUCAACAAGAAUCGUUCUUUGUUUAAGAUCAUUGCCAGUGCCAAAGAGAAGGAAGAGCUUGUCAACCAAGAGAUCUUGCCGUAUUCAUAUCGGUCGAGGCAAAUUGCGGUUGUUACGGCACGAUCAAUGUUCCGGCAAUUUGGGAGCCGUGUCAUCAAAGAUGGGCGACGAGUUCGAGACGAUUACUGGGAAGCCAAAGCUAUCAAGCAAGGCUUUACGGAACAAGACGCUGCUGGCGAAAAGCGACCGGGAGCGGCAAGGGCUCGGGAGGCGGCUGCUCAGGAUCAAUUGAGCGCCAGGACAAAUGUCGCAGCUAACUAUGGUGAUAUUGUCUACAGCAACGGUCCAGGCUAUGGGGCUGUUCAACCACCCGCCCUACAUUCUGGCAUCGCCUCAACCAUGGCCCAGAUACCGUCUUUUGAUUCCGCGUACGACUCGCGAUACAAGGAUAUUCCGCGACCACGGUACGACAUUACAGGCCCUCCAUAUCAAGACCUGACACGCUCGAGUUCCGAUGCGGACUUAUCUAGCCAAGCGGCGCACGCUGCCGACUACAGCAAGAAUAUCAAUCAGCAGAAUCGGUAUCGACGUAGUUUGGUCGAGGAUUACUGGCGCAGACCACACGAGCCGCCAGUAUCAACCCCUCCGCCUACCGAAGCUGAAGUAGCGACAACAAGCCAUCCAUUUUCCUCUCCACGGUUUCCCACAGCCGAUCUCCCCGCUGCUGCCCAAGGAAGCACCAUAUCAACUCCAGUUCAGACUUCUCAACCGUCGAUGAAUCCGCCUUCGUACCCUCACCAACCGCCCCCAAUCCAAUCUCCAGUCCGUCAGCCAAGUCUGCAACAGCCUUUUCCUCGAGAUCCCACACAAUAUGCUCCUCAGCAUCCUCAGUUCCAGCGGUCUUCCUCGAAUCUGUCCAUUUCACAAACUGCUUCCCAGCAACAGCAAAUCCCGUUUAGCGGCGGUAACUACUCCCCUCAUGGUAUGAAUCCACAGCAGCAGCAACAGCAGCAAGCUUGGGGUGCUCCCCCUCCUCAACCUCAUCAGUCUCCAGCUCUUCAUCGAAUGAGCACUCCACAAUUUUCUCCGAGUCUUUCGCAAGGACAGAUACCAUCGCCAAUGCCAGGGGGUCAUCCCAGCGCCUCUCCUCAUCCCCAACAAAUGCAACCACCGCAAAUGCCAAUGCUGCAUCAUCAGAGCAGCUCCGGCGGCAUCAGUGGCCAGCAGCUCUAUGGGCCUGGAGCAGGACUGCAGGCAAUGAAUGCUGCGGGUUAUGGUGCGAUGGGUAUGGGCCAGCGACCAAUGUAUGGAAUGGCCGGACAAAACCAGUACAUGCCACCAAACCCACAACAUGGGCAGGCCUGGCCUGGCUCACAGGGUCAAGGCCAACCAGGUGCGCAGUGGAACCAGGGAUUCUAGGAUGACUCUGAUUCUGAAAAACAACCGAAUUUCUCCGGCUCACAAAAUCCAGGUCAACAAGCGACGCAAUGGAACCAGGGGUGCUAGACGGACUCCGAUGCUGAAGAACAACCAAAGAUCUACGUUAAACCGAUUACUCGGCCCAGAAUUGAAAGGAAGCCUAGGCUGCAACGGCAUAUAAUCGUGCAUACCAGUGACAAACGCCACGUCUGUUCUGUAUGCGACUACGUCUCGUCUCAAGCCCGUGAUCUAAACGAUCACAAGAGGACUCAUACCGGCGAGAAGCCUCACGUCUGUUCCGUAUGUGGCCGGGGGUUCGCUCAAACCGGCAAAUUAGCCAGACACAAGAAAUUGCACACUGGCGCGAGAUCUUUUUUCUGCCCUGUUUGUGAUCGCGGCUUCAUUCAACGCCACCAUUUAUCAUGGCACAUGAGGAUCGGUUCAGUGUGUGGUCGGGCAAGAUAGCACCUCUUGAGCGAUGAGCAGGGCGGAGAUCCGAGGAUGAUAAUGUUCAGAGAGUCAAGUCCAUCAGCCGAAGCCGGUCCGCGUCACCUGGGCGUACACAUUGCUUGCUGUUUUCGGGGUUUCUGCAAAUCACGGCGCUGAUUGACUUUGGUUUGACUUUCCAAGUAUUGUAUUAUUCAACUCUCUGAAACGCCGCUUGGAACACAGAACAGCGCAUAGGCAGAGGCAUAUACAGUCACUAUCGUGUUUUUCUUGCUGCAUGGGAUGGAUGUGGAGGUUGCUGCAUAGCGAAGCGGGCACUGGCAUUGCAUUUUUUACAAUUGUGGAUUUGAGCUGGGAGGGAGGACAGUGAGAUGCGUGCAGCGGCGUGACAUGGUGCAUGGUGGCAUUGGAACCAUGGAUAAAGGGGUUGUUGCUUGCUUUUCUUCAUUUAUGUGGUGGUCUGUACCGUUUCUUUUUUCUUUCUUCGUCUUCUUUCAGGGUUGCGGCUUGUAUUCUGGCAUUAAUUCCGAAGCUCGUGAUGAGUCGAUGAUGGGGGGAUGCGCAAAGGGAACGGUGCGGUCAGCAUCGUGGUCUGCGCAGACUUGAUCGUUCAGCAACGUCGAGGCUCGUGGCUGUCAUUUCUUCUUUUUCAUGUGUACCAUACCUUUGACUGCUUAAUCUUGUUGUAUUUGUCUUCCAAUGUUUUGUGCAUCAAAGGCUUCAUCAUUUUGGCACGACGCACACGAAGGAUAUGGCUAUGGACAGGGACGUGGAAUACGUGCAUUUGGACAUUUCUCUUUUCAUGGGUAUGGGCAUGGGCAUGGGAAUGCUGAGGGCACAACGACAGCACAGCAGAGCAAGUCUUCUUUCUGAUAUCCGACAACUGGUCGCAGUUAUAUUUACAAUUUGCAUUUGCGGUAUAAUAAUGUGGAAGGUGGAUGUUUUCGUAACAACGUCACUUCUUUCUGG